UGUUUUGAUGACGUCACGGCAGGUGCGCAAGAUGAGUAGAGACAGUCGAAAAUGCUUGUAAUAUUAUCUCUUUUUGUGCAUUAAGUUCAUGUUGCCUUCUAACAUUCUUAGUUGCAAAAGUUGCUGGCAAUUGUCUCAUUACAAUAGAAAUCAACAGAUUGAAAGUCACCCUCGUAUUUCGUGGAUAAUUUGUAUGAUUUCUCCUGAGGAACCCAGCCCAUUUUGCACUGACUUCAGCUAGACUAGUAUAUAGUUACACAGCCAGCCAGUGCAGUCAGACAGUGAUUUUUUCUUGUUUCUCACUUCAACCGUGCCGUGGUGCUGCUGGGCUUACUCACUCACGACGAUCACAGACCGUAGCAACAGACAUCUAGUGAACCAUCAUGGCAGGCAUUUCAAACAACGUUCCAGACGUCUGUCCAAUCCGACAGAUGGAUGACAUUACCAGGCUUCACCGCUUCUUGUGCAUGGGGGCUGAAUGUGGAACGUAUUACCCUGGUGAGCGACCUCUGAUGAAAGAUCAUGCUGACUGUAUCGCACGUCUAAUUACGGAAGGUCAUGGAGAAUUUGUUGUGAAAGAAAUCCUACGAUUUAGCUCACAAGAGCUCUCCAUCAAGGAACGACCAGUUAUCUUUGCGUUGGCGCUGUGUGCUAGGAACGAUGACCCUGCAGAUAAAAAGGAUCAUAAGACUAAAAUGGCUGCGUACGCUGCCUUGGCUGAUAUUUGUCGAUUGCCACCGCAGUUAUUUGCAUUUGUAGACUUUGCCCAGGCCAAUAGUGGUAAAACAACAGGCUGGGGUCGUGCCCAGCGAAAGGCUUUGAAUAAUUGGUAUCGUAAAAAAACGCCAAGGGAUCUAGCAGUUCUGGUGACAAAGUAUAUCCAGCGCGGUGGGUGGACACAUGUUGAUAUCUUCAGAUUAGCUCAUGUCAAGCCUGUUAAUGAAGCAAUGACAGCCAUAAUGAAAUUUGCUGUAAAAGGCCUUGAUGCCGUUAAGAAAGAUUAUGAGAAGGACGGCCUGUCUGAUGACAUGAAAUGUAUCCUGAGAUUCCUGGAGGCGGUUCAUACAGUCAAACAUUCGAAUGACGAACACCAGAUCGCCCGAUUGAUAGAGGAGUACCACUUGACACCAGAAUAUGUACCAACACAAUUCAGUAAAUCACAAGAGAUUUGGUACGCCCUCCUCCAUGAGCUGCCAGUUAAGGACAUGAUCCGUUUAUUAGGUCGAAUGUCCGCAAUUGGUCUCCUCGAACCCCUCAGCAAUCCUGCCAAACUAGUUAUUGAUAAGUUGUCCAGUGAGCAAACGAUACAAUCUGAAAAGAUACACCCUAUAGAAUUCCUGAUAGCCAUGAAAAUAUAUGAAGGAGGCAAGGGAGAUAAAGGCAAAGUGAAGUGGUUCCCUAAUGGUAAUGUCAUCGAUGCGCUCAACAGGGCUUUCCUCAAUUCCUAUAAGUUCAUCCAACCCACAAACUCGCGCUAUCUAUUGGCGGUUGAUGUAAGUGGUUCCAUGGCGUACGGCAAUGUCAACGGUUGCCAAGGAGUGUCGCCAGCCGUUGCAGCAGCUGCCAUGGCAAUGCUUAUCGCUAGGACAGAAAAGGAAUAUCAGAUGGUUGCGUUCUCAACCGGGAUCACGCCAGUCCAGCUUAAUGCACAAAUGGACCUGUUACAUGUGUGUAAAAUAAUAGCAGAGCUGCCAUCCGGCGGGACUGACUGCGCUAUUCCAAUACUGUGGGCAAUGGAGAAUAAACGUGCCGUAGAUGUAUUUAUGGUGAUCACCGAUUGUGAGACUCUGUCUGCAGGCAUUCCUCCGUCUGAUGCUCUCAAGAAAUACAGACAGCUGAUGGGUCUGCCUAAUACAAGAAUGGUAGUGUGUGCACUGACGAGCAAUGGCUUUACCCUGGCAGAUCCGUCAGAAAACGGUAUGCUUGACAUCGCUGGUUUUGAUGCCGGAGUUCCACUUCUAAUCAAUAACUUUGUCAAAGGGAUCAUAUAAAAUUUGAAAUUCAAGUGACAGAGAUAUUUUUGCUUGACAAAUCAUUGCAGUGGCCCGCUGAGUGACACAUUAUAUCAUGGCGUCCAAUUUUUUCUACUGUGCUUGUUGAAAUUAGCUUCGCAGGGAGAUAAUUUGUGCUGAAUUGAAGACUGAGAAGCUAGUUUUGGGGUAGAUUUUCUCAUAAUGCAAUGGUAACUUUGCUAGUCGUAUGGAUGUCUGCCAAGCAGAUUGGGACACUGAUGUGUGCUGUAGUUGCUGCCGAACAAACUGUUUCGAGAGGAUCCAGUUUUGAAUGACUACCUAGUGAAAAAUAAUGGAGAUUUGUCAAAAGAUUGUGUAACUCUAACAGUAUAACUUAUGAUGUCAGAGAUUUUUGCAAAUGUUUAAGUUUAGCUAUAAGUAUUUUUGUCAGUUUCUGUCGAGGUUUUGAGACUGUGGCUGUGUUUGUUAAAGCUUGACUGACGAAAAUAUUUUGCGCAUGCACAAGGAUCGGAAUGUUGAAGUUUGCGAGUUGAUUUUUCAGAAUGAGGAAAAACUUUGGGCAAGGGAUAUGUGGUGUGUUUUAGGUCGAGUAUUUAUGAAAGAUCUUGUUAAACGUUUCCAUGAUGAUUUUACCCUGGUGUGUAUAUUUUGUCCUUGGUGACAGCAAUGCAUCAGUAUUUUACAACAUGUUCAUCGCAUUAUCAGAUGUUGAGUGGCUGACGUUCAGAAUUUGUUUAUGGAUGUUUUAACUGUAUUGUCCUGUAAUAAUGUAUUUUAUUUUAUACUUUUGUGUAAACCUCAGUUUCAUGUUAAACAUGCAGAGUAUAAGAAUCAAAUGAGAUAUGAAAUAAUCGCCAUAAUAUGAUACUAUGAUGUUCAAUCUGAGUGUAAUAAGAUGGUAAUUUGGUGUAAGUAAUUGGUUUUCCCCCUACACAUUUUAGUGUUAGGGGCAGGAAAAGAUACACGGAUCACAGUCCUAGAAUAAACGUUUACGUGCUGCAUGGUGGUCAUGUUUUCAAGGGAGACUCCUCCACUCCUCUGGUGUAUGAAAUUACAAUUUCUGAGGUUUUUCAAAUGGUUUUUCCCACUCUGGGGUAGAAGGCAGUACUUGACAGUAAAUUGAGCAAUUUUGAAAAAGAAUUAUUGAUGAAUUUUACACUUUUGUUAUGAUAUCUGUUUUUUGGGUAUGUAUUUAUUGAAACUAAUUUUUGUUCUUUUUAUACUGAGACAAGUUAUACAGUUGAAAAGUGAAAGUGUGAAGAAGGUUUACCUUUUAUUAUUUGCCAGUGAUCCCCGCAUUUAUCUCUGAAGGACAAAACAAACGAUUGUCAACAUACCCGCCUGGAAUCCAGAAAGGAAUGGUCCCAUUAUAUAACUUUAGAUGCUUGUCCACCAUGAUGUGUUGUCAUUUUGGUGCACGUACAAAAAAUCAUUUUCAAUCAUUUUCAAUGUUAGAAUUUUAGACAUUAUUUUGCAAUGAAAUUGUUCAUGUUUGCCCUGUACAGGUAGGCCUUUUGCUUGCAUUGUCAGAAAUCACAUAGUUAAAUUUGUGCACCCAAUGAUAUUUAGAUUGAUAAAUGAAAUUUUGUUACAUGUAUAAGAAUCACAUUGGUUCAUCACAUUGAAUAGUUCUGGACCACAUACGACUCCCCAAAGUUCUUAGUCUGUUGUGGCAGGGUUGACAUUGAGGUGGGAAAGGCCAAGGUUCUGUUGUGGCAGAGUUGAAAUGAAUGAGUGAAAGGCACUUAGCUUCCUAUUGCCCCUCAAUUUCAUCUGCCACAGUCGUGCCCAGUAAGUCUCUUGUAGCCGGUAUUAACCAGCUAAUUCAAUUCAGUGAACCAGUGUGAGGAUAUUCUUCAAGAAGAUUCAGCAUAAAAAUGUAUAAACGCGAAAAUACUGUGAGAUAGAACAGACACCAAUUGGCAACUUUGUACAACAAAAUUUGGCCCACCUGUAUUCUACCGAUAGUCUGCAUUUACAGAGAAAAAGCAGUUUAUAGUUUAUAGUCAGUGUGGCAGUACCUAUUUCUGGUAUCGUUCAUGUACCCAGUCGUACUCCCAGUUCCCUGACAUGUUGGUACUUGCACAAAAUCAUUAUAAAGCAAUCAAUGAUGUAGUGCGAUGAGAACAGAAUAAAACCUCUCAUAUACAUUA